CACCAAACCGACCAGCGCGCGAGGCUGACUGCAGCACUUCCUCGAGGCUGGGGCACGAGGGCGCGCUCCGCGGCGACGCGCACGGAGAGGAAGUGGAAAGACGGAAGAAAGGACGUUGAAUAAACUUGCUGACUUCUAGCUGACUGGCUAGAAAUACAGUUAGACGCUAUGCUACAGAAGACCUAGUUACUUAUUUCGAUACUAAUUUAGUUAGCUGACCAAGCGCCCUGUCUACAUUCAGUCACCGCCCUCUCAACUCGCCACACGACACGACCUGGGGACUCCAGCAGUUUUCAAACAGACGUUGCACUUGCUCAACCGACCCGAAGUCAUCCACCGUUACAAAGCUACAGUUAGCUGUUGUUAAAGUGCUGUGAUAACCAGUAAAUUGUAUUAACGUUACACACAAGCAGCUCGCUGGUUCAGCGAGACUCGGGCUUUUUCCUCUGUGUGGGAAAAGUUGUCCGUGGUGGUGGUGGAGGAGCCAACGAGGCCUGCAGUUGAGGAGGCUGCAUGUGUGAGGACUGUUGCUGGCGAGGAGUGAUUCACACUACGUUAGCUAAACACCCAAAAACAUGUCGGCCCAGGCACAGAUGCGAGCGAUGCUGGACCAGCUGAUGGGGACGGGGAGAGACGGAGAUAGUAUGCGGCAGAGAAUCAAAUUCACAGAUGAGCGAGUUUGCAAAAGUCACCUCUUGGAUUCAUGUCCUCAUGAUAUUCUGUCUGGCACCAGAAUGGACCUGGGAGAGUGUAUGAAAGUCCAUGACUUGGCCCUCAGAGCAGACUACGAGAUUGCCUCUAAGGAGCAGGAGUACUUCUUCGAACUUGAUGCUGCUGAACACCUUCAGUCUUUCAUCGCUGACUGCGACCGCAGGACUGAGCUAGCCAAGAAGAGACUAGCCGAGACGCAGGAUGAGAUCAGCGCUGAAGUGGCUGCAAAGGCUGAACGUGUCCACGAGCUAAACGAAGAGAUUGGGAAGCUGCUGGCCCGGGCAGAGCAGCUCGGGGGUGAGGGGAACGUUGACGAAGCCCAGCAAUUGCUGGAAAUGGUGGAGAAGACCCGGGCCUUGAAGAAAGAAGCAGAGGAUGUGUACAGAAACUCGAUGCCAGCCUCCAGCUUUCAACAACAAAAACUACGGGUGUGCGAGGUGUGCUCUGCCUACUUGGGUCUUCAUGACAACGAUCGUCGUCUGGCUGACCACUUUGGGGGCAAACUGCACCUCGGCUUCAUUGAAAUCCGCGAGAAGCUUGAAAAGCUAAGGAAAGCAGUUAUAGAGAAACAAGAAAGAAUGCGAAUGAGAAGACGAGAGGAACGUGAAAAAGAAGAUGAAAGAGAGCGACAGUGGGAGGUGGAGCGUGAACGAGAACGAGAGCGGGAACGAGAGCGAGAAUGGGAGAGAGAACGGGAGAGGGAGCGUAGGAGGUCAAGAUCUAGAAGUGGAGACAGAUACAGGGAUGGAGGCGGUUCGUCCUCCCAUCAUUCAAGACGCCACCGCUCCUCUCGUUCCAGAGAAGAAGGUGGGGAACGGGAUCGUGAGAGAGAGCGGAAACAUCGACACAAGGACAGGCAUCGCUCACGCUCCCACUCUCACAGGCGCAAAAGGAAGAGGUCCUCCAGGGACAGAUCAUCUCACACCCACGAAAGAGAGCGCUCGCUGUCCCAGGAGAAAUGUGGAGAGGGUGCAGGAGAGCGAUUGCGUGACGACAGGGUGGAGUACAGAGACUGGGAGGACGGGGAGAAGUCCCCCUCCGCGGACACAGCCAGGGGCAGGGAACGAGAGAGAUCCCUGUCGUACGAGCGUGACCGACGCUCCAGCUCCGAGGAGCGAGAGUCCGGGGAGAUAUGAACAGGAGUCCAAAGUCUUUGAUUUGGAUAUAUUGUUUAGUAAAAGGAGCAUGGAGAAAUGAGUGUGUGUUGGUAUGAGUGAGUGAGUGUGUGUGUGUUGGCUUUGUAUGUGUGUUCAUGUUAAAAGCGGGACAUGUACAUUAGCAAGGGUGGACGGUGGAAACUUAACUUGGGGAUGAGGGAACAACUUCAGAGGUGGCGGUCAAGGAAACAUGCAACUUUUAUAAGACUUACAUUGUGAGGCUAGUGUGACCUGGAAGCAGUAUAGUCAUUUUUUUAUGCCAUCUUGUCUAUCUUAUGUACAGUUAUUUUGACAGUGACAAGGGAUGAGUGAGUGAAGAGACAGCAGCCUUUCUUCGAGUCUGUUUUUUAUUUUACUCACAUGAAGUGCUGUUAUUUUUUUAUCAUUAGUUGAACCUUUAAUGUUAGUGCUGUUUUUCCUGUACCAUUACAAAUCCAUCAAUUUCAGUAGCUGUGGAUUAAUUUACCCGGGACGGACUCAUUAAUGUAGCAUAACCGUUGCAGUAAUGUUUGAAAUGAGCUGUGAAUGACUGAAGGCCCUUCUGAUGUUUGUUUUAUUAGCUGCCUUCAAGCCAUUACACUCUCAUUUGGAAAAUCUCCCUGAGCCUGCUCUUAAUUCACGAUGCAGUGAUGAGCUCGUACUUUGAAAAUAAACUCACUUGUCCUCCUGAAAGAAGUCAUCCAAAUAUUUCCACUCAGUUCCUGACAUGCGAAUGCAUAUAGAUGAUGUGCAUCUUUACAUACUGACACUCAAAGGCCCAGGGACUUGUGUCCUGUUUGCUGUGAUACAACCUGGAUGUACUGGGGGGAAUCUACUUUGCUGUGCCACCAUUAAAUGAAUAAAAUGUUCUGCUUCCA